AUGGCCUUGCGACGGCUAGUCGCAGCUGGGGAUUGGGUUUGUGAUUAUGGGCGAUUGUGCUGCGAAAAAUCCACAUUAUUUUCCCGACAAACUGAUAGAGAGCCCUAUCAGUUUGGUACCUUAUCCAAGUAAUAAUAUAUGGAGAAAUAAGGUAGUUUCUUAACUCAAAAAAAUAUAUUUUUCCCCAUCAAACCAAAUAAUAAUCCGGUCACAGCCAAAGAAUAUCGCCAAAUCUAAAUACCUCCCUCUCCCGUCCCUAAAAUACGGAACCGAACGUGGAGCCGGCCCGUGGAACACCAAGCCGUCCGGGGCGAGGAAUGCGGGGACGGGCCGGUGCUGGAAUGGAAUGGAGAGCGGCGCGGCCGAAAAAAUUAAAACGAGAGACCAUAUCCGUUUCUAUUUGGCUUUCCCCGCCGCCGCCACCGCCGCAGCCGCUCGCUCCCCUGCUCGGCCGCAAAUGAGGGCGCACCAUAAUGAGGGCCGAAUGGCCGCAGGCAUUCCGGCCCGAACGGAGCGCUCGCAACCGAGAGACGACCAAGAUGAAGGGCAAAUGUGGAGAGAGGGGGAAAUAUGUCAAAACACAAGUUUAUACGCGACAUGA